AUGUACUGUGUAAGAUUUCUGCUCAAAGCACUGGACAUGUAUUGGCACGAGGAUUGCCUGAAAUGCGGUUGCUGCGAUUGCCGUCUGGGGGAAGUCGGAUCCACGCUGUUCACUAAAGCCAACUUGAUCCUGUGCAAACGCGACUACUUG